GCGCUUCUCCCGAGUUGGUGAUCGAUUGGUUGUGAUCCACCAUGCAGAAGUGAGUGAUGAAAGGCAACAGAGCUGAUGGGUCAUGAGGAUGUAAGUGCAUUUGAAGGCUCUCACACCCUCUACUCCAGGGAUGGCUCCCGCAAAGAAGGGAGGCGAGAAGAAGGGCCGGUCCGCCAUCAACGAGGUGGUGACAAGAGAAUACACCAUCAACAUUCACAAGCGCAUCCAUGGAGUGAGUUUCAAGAAGAGUGCCCCUAGGGCACUCAGAGAAAUCCGGAAGUUUGCCAUGAAGCAGAUGGGAACUCCAGACGUGCGCAUCGACACCAUGCUCAACAAAGCCGUCUGGGCCAAAGGAAUCAGAAAUGUCCCAUACCGGAUCCGUGUGCGGUUGUCCAGAAAACGUAAUGAAGACGAAGACUCGCCAAACAAGCUCUGCACUCUGGUUACCUAUGUGCCCGUCACCACCUUCAAAAAUCUACAGACAGUCAAUGUGGAUGAGAACUAAUUGCUGAUGGUCCAAUAAAGUUAUUGAACUGCCAAAAAAAAAAAAAA